CAUUCCGUGCAUGAUGUAAUGUGAACAUAACCAAAAAAAAUCUUAUAAAAAAAUAUUUAUUGUUUAUAAAGGGAGAUGUAAGGAGGAACGUUGUUUAAAUUAUAUCAAGCAAAUUCGAUGGCUCGUGUUUUGAGAUGGGACAUCGCGCUGCGUGUCAAGUUGGAGCUAGUCGUAGUUUGAAUCGGGAAUCUGUUCCAAAAUCAGAUUUCUAAGAGGGAUAACAAUGGCGAAUGACAUAAUAAUAAGAGGCAAGGACAGAUUACAAGAGAUUAGUAUGAAAUUGGAACAGAGUCACUUGGUGUAUCUGCAAACGGAUGAUAGCCCUUUAAAGCUACAGCAACGACAUAAAUUGGAAGGCUUCAUAAAAGAAUAUCUUUGUCUGGUACCCAAUGAGAAUAAAUAUGUAUUUCAAGAAACGGCGGAUAUUUUACACAGAUCAGCAGCGACAGUGACAGAUUUCAGUGGCUAUAGAGCAGCGACAGCUUGGAGUGCAAUUUCCUUGUACGCAGCUAAUUUACUGGCUCAGCCUUGGCGAAAGGAAUAUAGAAUAGUGAGGACAUACAGCGGCUAUUACAAACACGAAGUAGAAGCAAAUUUAAUAGGUGCCGAGUUGAUGUUUGAGCAGAUGGGCUACAAGCACACUGGUUUAGGUGUACUGACUUUGGAGGGGCCGAUCGAUCCUGAUAAAGUUUCAAAUGUCAGUAGGGAUGCUAUCGUAGCUUUUGUGGAAUGUCAGAUUUUAAAGCAGAUAUGGGAAAGUGUGUCACAGAAAUACACAAUCUCUUGGUUGGAAGUGUUGGAAUUUCGUGAGAAUCAUGUUGGUACGCCGGAGCAAGCCAUUCGAGCGCUAAGUUAUCGUUUCCUUGAGAAGCUGCAUCAGAAUCGCGUAAAGGUCGAUAGUUGCAAGGAUUACUAUCCACAUCAAACGGGCAUAGACGUCGUGCCUUUACAUCCACCUUAUCAUCACAUCGUGCAUGCCAAUUACAACGCAACGAUACCGUCAACCUGUCAAAUGGAUUAUCGGCACAUCGAUGAUACGACGAACAUGGCGGUACCGACUAAUUAUCGAUUCUAUCAACCAGUCAAUCAUGGUUUCAUUAAUUGUUGCACUAGCUACGGUUGUUUGCCCUCUCAUGGAAACAAGUUUUAUGGUAAUAGUACGCAACCGAAUCCAUAUUGCGCCACAUUACCAGCGUACGCAGCCCGUGUGCCGACUGGCAGACUGAUAGAACUCGAUGUACCGGCAUCCGUGGCGAAUUAUGACAAAACGCACGCUCUUCGUAAAUCCAUGUCCCAUCGGUUAUCGGACUUGGACGAGGUAGACUUUUACAAACGGCAAUCGAGCGACGGGGAUCAAUACGAAUACGAUCGUAAAAACGAUAGAAAAACUAGCAGAUCGAAUUCCAGCACCGGUAGAGACGGUUAUGAUACGUGGGAGUUUGUAUAUAGAAAUCUUGAGAGCUUGGGCUACUACAAGGAUCUCGAUGAUCGAGACAACGUGUUACAGCAUAAGAAGGAACUGGAUUCUAUUCGCAACAAGCACAAGACGCUUAGGCAAACGGAGAACGAAGACAAGUACAACGCGCCAAGAUUGGAAAAGAAAAAAAGCGGUAGUAGGAUCGAAAUGAACGAAGCGAUCGAUUCGUCCGAGACAAAUGGUAAAAAUCAUCAGGAUAUUUUGCCUUUCAAGAAAAAAUCCUCGUCCUUUGAUUUGUCGGAUUCAAAUAGAUGUAAUAUCGAUACAUAUAACAGAGAUAAAAAGCACAACAGUCAAACUUUACCGAUUCCACGCACGCACAAAUCCUCGGAUCAGAUAGCGAAGAUCGCGGAUUCCUUAAAAAAUCUCGAUGUUACACAAAUGAGUAAGCAAAAGAAGGAAGAGGAGAAGGACGAAAAGAGAUGGAAUUGCGCUACGUGCACCUACUUAAAUAUGCCUGAUCGAGACAUCUGCGAAAUGUGCGCCAAAUCGAGGUGCAAAGGAAACGAGGACAAGCCGCUCGCCAGCGGCGGCAAGGAAUGUCCAAAAUGCACGCUGGUAAACGAGAAAAAUGUUUCUAUCUGUGAUGCUUGCAAUACCAGUUUGAAGGAUUCUCCGACCUACAUAUAGACAGACUGAAUUGACUAAAAUUUUUUGCUAAAGGAUUCUUACAAUUUUCCGCGAUUUGCACAAAGGUAUCAUAUUGUGUGUAAGAUAUAAAAUUAUUGAUCGAAUGAAUUAUACGUACAAUACGAGUCUUUUUCAACAACCUAAAGUGAAACGUGAAUACAGAAACUUGGUAUGUUAAUAACACAUAUCGAAUCCUGAUCUGUGUAGAAAAGGGUGGUACAAAAAUAUUUAUUUAAAAUUAUCUUAUGCAGAAUAAGAGGAAAAUCUUGUAAUACAAUAAGAUUUUUCUUUUAAUA